AUGGAGGACAACAACACCCGAGAUUUGAUCAAGCAACUGCAAGCACAGAUCGAAGCGCAAGCGCAAACAAUACGAGAACAGCAGGAAAUUCAGCGCAAACAAACAGAGGAGCUUGCGGCGCUGAGGGCGCAGCGUCCUCCGUCGGAAAUAUCGGCCUCCAACCGACAGGACGAUAAUGAAGGCAGCCAUCAUGGAGGACCAUCUGAACCUGUCGGAGAAGGAAGGAAGGGGCCCACCUCUCUGCGGCUCACUAACCUACUUCCAUUUACGGAAGCCAUCAUGCAAGCUCAUAUGCCGGAAAAUCCCCCUCCGACGUUAGAAAGAUACGACGGUUUAGCAGACCCCGACAAUCAUCUCCGCAAUUUUAUAGAUGUCAUGGCGUUCUACACGGAUAAUGAUCUCGUUAUUUGCAGAGCUUUUUCGUUUUCCCUGAAAGAUGAGGCACUCGAGUGGUACCACACUCUUCCUCAAAAUUCGGUGAAUUGCUUCGCCACCGUAGAAGCUCUCUUUCAAAAACAGUAUGCUACCAACAGGAGACCGGAGAUGACUCCUACUGAGCUCGUGAACACCAAGCAGGAGAAAGAUGAGACCUUGAAGGCCUUCAUGCAAAGAUACAACGAGACGACCCGACGUGUGAAGGACGUGAACCACACAUUUAUAAUCUGUAAUCUACCCUCGUGUUUACGGCCGGGAUAUUUCGCGGAACAGCUGUAUGCAAAUCCUCCAAAGUCUAUGGAGGAACUCCAGGCAACGAUCGCAAAAUUCAUCUGCAUCAAGGACCUAAGGAACUCCAGAAAAAAGCAACAACAUGAAAGUCCGAACAAUAGUACCAAAAAAGACAUAAAACGGUUGUCUAACGACUAUAAAACUGAUCGACCCCCUCGAAAAGAAUCGGGGUGGACACCCAAAUACGAACGUUAUACAUCCCUCAACGCACCUAAGGCGAAGGUGCUCGAAGAGGCACUGCACGCAGAACUUCUCACCGUUUGGCAAAAGGCUACUCCAAAGAAUGCUGAUGGCAGUAAAGUGUGUCGACUUCAUCUUAACCAUGGUCAUGAUACAGAAGAAUGUAACAUGGUGAAAGAUGAGUUAGAAAGACUCAUACGCGCGAGAUAUCUCCAAAAAUACAUCAAGGAGAGAACAUCCACCAGAGCAGCAACUCCCAGCCGGAAGGAAACCUCUCGGCGAAGUCUUGAACGAUCACCACCCAGGGACGACCGACGGAGACCACGAUCCCGGAGCCAACCCCGACACUCGGAGAGGGAGAGGUCGGUCCGAGGGCGAAUCGACACUAUAUCUGGUGGCUUCGCAGGGGGAAGAGCACCAACCUCCGCCUGGAAGCGACAUUUGAGAAACUUAAAGACGGUGCACAUGGUAGAUCGACAACCUCGAUCCAUGCUUAGCAUCACUUUUACUGACGCAGAUUUCCACGUUCCCGACCCUGACCACGAUGAUCCCAUGGUCAUCACAGUCGAAAUAGCCCGUUACGAUGUCAGCAAAGUGCUCGUCGAUCAAGGCAACUCAUUCAAUAUCUUGUACUGGACCACCUUCCAGAAAAUGGAUUUAUUCGAAAACCUGAUAGUCCCUUUCAACGAGCAGAUUGUAGGCUUCGCAGACGAAAGAGUCGACACUCGGGGAUACCUCGACUUACUAACUCGACUCGGAACGGGCAGGGAGGCGUGA